AUGCAAGCAGAGAAGAAAAAAAUAGAGAAAAAAAAUCAUGUGCCCAAGAGGGCAAAGAAGGCUUGCCCACUAUCUCUUUUCAUGUGGAUACAGGAAAUGGACAUUGACGAAACCAUGUACAUCUCCAUGUGCGCAGAGACAGGCCUGCGUGCAAAGACAUUUCAGGAAAUUGGCGAGGAGCUGGCGGCCAUGGAGGCCGAGCUAUGCCUCAACGCAAAUGGGCAGGCGCGCACUGGAAAGAAGCAGCGGACGCUGCACCAGAUAAAAAACGCGUUCCUGUGGAUAUGGAAGACCAAGACAAAGCCGUGCCAGGAGUACUGCGCAAACAUGAGCCGGCAGUACAAUCUUUCGAUACCAUACAUGCACUCAAGCGGGCUUUCCAUCAUCAAGGGGUAUAUGCACAGAUACAAGACCAUUCUAAAGGAGGUUGCGGAGAUUUCCAAAAACUCUAUAAAAGAGCUCAAAAACACAGAAAUGGGCCCCGUGUUUGCAAAAAACGCGCGCCCCCUCCUUGAAAGGGACACGUUUGCAGGAAAAGACCACAUAUGGAUGGAGCUUGUCCGGGAAAAGACCCCGGCUCCGCAUGCAGAUCACAUGCUUUUGCAGUGCAAGGAGGCAGAGAGCUCGGGGAAGAUGCCCCACAACGCGCUGGGGUUUAUGGAGAAGGACGCGCAGGCCGAGCUGGAGCAGGCUUUUUCUGAAUACUACGGCUUUCUUGUUGAAAGCAACUCUUCAAGCUUCUUUGCCAAAAAGAAACACGUAAGCAUAUGCAAUUAUAAAAACUUGAGCCGAUACUUUUACGAGUUUAAAGUGCAGUACUAG